AUGGAAAACAACGAUAAUUAUCAACUUUCAACAUGGGGAAAUUUAUGGCAAUACAUUGGUAUUGAGAGACAUGCUCAAUAUGGUUAUUAUUGGAUGAUGGGGUCUGCUAAACUUAGUGAUUAUAAAGACUGGUGUCUUUAUUGGCUUGGUCUAAAUAACUUUGAACCUCCAUUAACUGGAGAAACACCAGAAGACUUUUAUGUUAGAAAGAUUUAUACCACUUCUUAUGACUGUUUUAAUAGACCACUUUGUGGACCACCUGAACAUCACAUUUCUAUAGGAAUUAGAAAAGAAGUUCCUGUAGAAGGAGGUAAACAUCUUGAAUUGAUUGAAGGAAACAUAAGAGAGGCUAUUAAUUUUGGUUCAUAUAAUUAUCUUGGAUUUGGUGGAAGACAUCCAAUUGUUACAAAAGAAAUUAUUCAAACAUUAAAAACAAAAGGAGCUUGUUUAACUGGGUUUGCUGCUGAAAUAGGAAUUUCUGAAGAACAAGAACAACUCCAAUUAAUGUUAGCUGAAUUUUUACAUAAGGAAGCUGCUGUUGUUGUACCAAUGGGAUUUGCUACUAAUUCUACACUAAUUCCUAUUUUAGUAGGGAAAGGAGAUGUUGUUUUUUCUGAUGCUUUAAAUCAUUCUUCCAUAAUUACUGGGAUGAGAUCUUCUAAUGCUGAAGUUAAA